GAGGAAAAAGCAGAGCUCAGUAUUAAUAGCUUAGGUUCUUGUUGAGUUCAUUAACUUGAACUAGGCGAACGUUUCACCCAGUGGCGAAGCACUGGGUGUCGGUAAACUGGAUUUAGCCCGGUCGGCCUAGUCUGAUGAGGGACUCAGGAUUUGUAUUGUUUUGCGUUGACGCUGUUGCUACUCCUUUUCUCCGCCUGGUACUCCAAUCUUGGCGAAAGAAACGGAGCAAUACAAACACAACUUUAAUCGAGAGCGCGUUACUGCCAGAACGCAAAGUAAACCGGAUACCAGUUUCUAUUUCUUUAGCCUCCUCUUCAUCUGGACCUAUACAGGUUGGGGUUGCGUGAUGUAGUGAGCUUGAAGCAUGCAGAGACUUGGACUAUGUUAGCAUGUAAAGGAGGAUCUCCUGACUCUCUGAGAGCAGAAAAAACAUUUCCAAACGACCGUGUCGCCCUACAGACCCCAAAACUACACGAGGAUCAUCUGAAAAUGUCCAGCUCUUUGGUUGUGUGUGAAGUGGAUGAAAGUCUAAAGGAGAAGCUGAGAAAGUUUAGAUUUCGAAAAGAAACCAACAAUGCUGCCAUACUGAUGAAAAUCGACAUGGAGAAACAGCUUGUUGUCCUGGAGGAGGAAUAUGAGGAUAUUUCCCUGGAUGACCUGAAAGAGGAGCUUCCAGAGCGUCAACCUAGAUUCAUUGUCUAUAGCUACAAAUACAUCCAUGCAGAUGGAAGAGUGUCUUAUCCUCUCUGCUUCAUAUUCUCCAGUCCGAUGGGGUGUAAACCAGAGCAGCAGAUGAUGUACGCAGGCAGCAAGAAUCGGCUGAUUCAAGCUGCAGAGCUCACAAAGGUCUUUGAAACAAGAAACGUUGAUGACUUGACAGAAGAAUGGCUGAAGAACCGGCUGGCAUUUUUUCGCUGAAUAUAUUCGUGUCUUCCAUGUCAACAUUCUCAGCCUUUUUCAAACAUGACUAUACAUUUGAUUUUCUUGUGCUCUGUGUAUUAAUAAAUGAUUUAAUCAAA